AUGAUCGCUCCACCAACAUCACAAUCUGAACUGCAUCUACUAUGCGUCUCAGCCGUAGUCAGAGAUCUGAUCACUACGUAUAACGCAUCAUCAACUUCUUCAACGACUAUACCAAUACCCAAUGUCAAUGCUUUAAGACAGAAAUAUGCCAAAAAAUACGCUCUCAGAGCAGUACCUAGAUUGACAGACGUGCUGGCUGCUGUUCCCGAAGAAUGGAAAGAUAGAUUAAGAGGUUGGUUAAAAGCCAAACCCGUCAGAACGGCUUCAGGUGUAGCUGUCGUAGCUGUAAUGUGUAAACCACAUAGAUGUCCUCAUGUUGCCAUGACAGGUAAUAUUUGCGUCUACUGCCCAGGUGGUCCAGAUUCAGAUUUCGAAUAUUCAACUCAAUCGUACACAGGUUAUGAACCCACUUCCAUGAGAGCCAUCAGAGCAAGAUAUGACCCUUAUGAGCAAGCUAGAGGAAGAGUGAAUCAACUCAAGGAUCUGGGUCAUAGUGUUGAUAAAGUCGAGAUCAUUAUUAUGGGAGGUACUUUCAUGUCUAUGCCAGAGGAUUAUAGACACAAAUUCGCAGCUGGAUUACACAACGCAUUAAGUGGACACGUAACAGAUGAUAUAGAUGAAGCAGUUAAAUUUUCAGAACAAUCAAAAGUGAAAUGUGUUGGAAUAACAAUUGAAACACGACCUGAUUAUUGUUUAAAACCACAUUUAUCACAAAUGUUAAGAUAUGGAUGUACCCGAUUGGAAAUAGGUGUUCAAAGCGUUUAUGAAGAUGUCGCUAGAGAUACGAAUCGUGGACAUACAGUCAGAGCGGUUUCUGAAAGUUUUCAUAUGUCAAAAGAUGCCGGAUAUAAAAUAGUAGCUCACAUGAUGCCUGAUUUGCCUAAUUGUGGUACUGAAAGAGACAUCUGGCAAUUCCAAGAAUUCUUCGAAAAUCCAGCUUUCAGAUCGGAUGGAUUAAAACUCUAUCCAACUUUAGUCAUCAGAGGUACAGGUCUCUACGAAUUAUGGCGUACUGGGAAAUACAAGAAUUAUCCACCAAACGCAUUGGUAGAUAUAGUAGCUAGGAUCAUGGCUCUCGUUCCACCUUGGACAAGAGUCUACAGAGUACAAAGAGAUAUUCCGAUGCCACUCGUUUCGUCAGGUGUCGAAAACGGUAAUCUGCGAGAAUUGGCUUUGGCUAGAAUGAAAGAUUUCGGUGCGGAAUGCAGGGAUGUUAGGUAUAGAGAAGUUGGUCUCCAUGAAAUCCAUAAUAGGAUCCGACCACAAGAUCUCGAGCUUCUUCGAAGAGAUUACGCUGCUAAUGGAGGAUGGGAAACUUUCUUAUCAUACGAAGACCCCGCUCAAGAUAUUUUGAUUGGAUUAUUGAGACUUAGGAAAUGUUCAGAGGACGGAACGUUCAGAAAGGAGUUAGUAGGAAUGGAAGGUGGUUGUAGUUUAGUCAGAGAGCUGCACGUUUACGGUACCGCUGCACCCGUGCAUUCUCGUGAUCCCAAGAAAUUCCAACAUCAAGGUAUUGGUACUUUGCUCAUGGAAGAAGCUGAGAGGAUAGCAAGGGAAGAACAUGGUAGUGGACGUAUCGCCGUCAUUUCAGGUGUCGGAACGAGAGAUUAUUAUAGAAGACUCGGUUAUUUCCUUGAUGGACCAUAUAUGGUCAAAGAUCUUUUAUACUAG